UUGUGUGGGUUUUUUUUUUUGUUCUAAAGAAGCAGCUAAUGGUUUAUUCAGCAGAGCAUUUGGAGAAAUUAUUUACGCCUCAGUAAGGCCCCAUUUCAGACACACCUGCAAAGGAUAAUACAGUUUCAGGCCAGAUUUAACUCUGCAGAGAUUUUGUGAUUGAAACCAAUAAUGGAAUUCAUGGUUCUUCAGGUGCAAUUUGAAACGAGACAUCAUGUCAUCACCCACACCAUCCCAAAGCGAUACAGUCACCACGGCCUCUACCGCCUCCAACUCGUCCGACAGCGAGAUGGAAAAUGCCAAUGGGCCUAAUACCCGCUGUUCAAUUUGUCAAGAAACAUACACUAUACCCAAAGUCCUCAGCUGUUUUCAUACAUUUUGCCAACCCUGUCUCGAAAAACUUCAAGAAGUUGCAGACAAGAUUAGCUGCCCAGAGUGCCACCAAGACACAUUCCUUGGAGGUCAAGGCUUGACAGGUCUCCUGCCCGAUUACGCUGUAAGCAACCUAUUGGAAACCAACGCAUUAGAUACAAGUGCCUUACACUGCACAGGCUGCAAAAGCAAAGAAACCAACGCUGUUGCAAGGUGCUUUGAUUGUGCAAACUUCUUGUGUGCCAACUGUGUCAUGGCUCACCAGUUUAUGCACUGCUUUGAGGGACAUAGAGUAGCUAGUCUGAGUGAGAUUCAAGGCAAUAAAGAUGAGAAUGGCAGUGGCAAGUCAGAGAAACCUAUCUACUGUCCCAGACACAAGACAGAUGUGCUAAAGUUCUUCUGCAAAACCUGUGUACAGCCCAUCUGUAAAGAGUGCACAGUUUUUGACCAUGGGAGAGGCCAUGACUGCUCAUUUAUCAUGGACAUCGGAGAAAAGCAGAUGGAAGUCUUGCAGAGAAUGGAAGAGGAUGCGAAAAACAAAGUCAACGAACUGCGUGUAGCAGCCAAAGGGAUAGAACACAUUUCUAGUCGUCUGCAGGUGCAGUACCAUAAAGCUCAGAAUGAUAUCAAUGACACGUACAACUUUUACAGAGCAAUGCUGGAGGAGAGAAAACAAGAAUCUCUGAAGGAGCUGGAUCAGGUUUUCAAUACAAAGCAAGUUGCCAUUAGUUCCUUAGCCCAGAAGAUCCAAGACAACAUCGAUCGUCUUUUCCAGGGAUGUGAAUUUGUUGACAAAGUUGUCAAAUAUGCAAGCAUCACUGAAGCUUUGAUGUUCAAGAAUUUGGUGGAACAACGAUUUCAAAAUAUGUUCAACUUCUGCCCCGAUAUCAACAAUCAUAUGUAUUUUGAUAUCGAGUUUGUGUCCAACUUUCAGGCCAUCACCACUGGUGUACGCAACACAUUUGGAUACAUCCGUGAGGCUGAAGACAUCAUUCCUCCAGUACAGAAACCACCUCCAAUUGCCCGACCAAAUGGUGUCAUAACCACUGCUACCACCUCCACAUCCUCCUCACCACCCCUAACCAAUGGCCAUAUCUUUGAGACUCCCAUGCUGUCAAAAGAUUUCGGUGGCUCUCAGAAUAGCCUCAUAUUUCCACCCGCAGAUACUAACAUGUAUGAAAAAUGGUCUAAUGGAAUGGACAUUUUUCAGAAUGGAAUUGAUGUGUUUUCCACCAGUGCUGAUCCACUCUUUGACAUAUCAACUAAGCUUAACCUUACCAGUCUGUACCCACCUAAGUCACAGCUGAAGCGACAGAAGAUGAUCUACCACUGCAAAUUUGGAGAGUUUGGUGUCAUGGAAGGACAGUUCACAGAGCCAAGUGGGGUAGCUGUUAAUGCACAGAAUGACAUCAUUGUUGCCGACACAAAUAACCACAGGAUCCAGAUCUUUGACAAAGAAGGAAGAUUCAAGUUUCAGUUUGGAGAAUGUGGCAAGAGGGAUGGUCAGCUGCUUUAUCCAAACAGAGUUGCUGUAGUGAAAUCUUCAGGAGACAUCAUUGUCACUGAAAGAAGUCCAACCCACCAAAUACAGAUCUACAACCAGUAUGGACAGUUUGUUCGUAAAUUUGGUGCCAACAUACUCCAGCAUCCACGAGGAGUGACUGUAGACAACAAGGGAAGAAUUGUCAUUGUGGAAUGCAAAGUCAUGCGAGUCAUCAUCUUUGACCAAUUUGGAAAUGUCAUCCACAAAUUUGGCUGUUCCAAGCAUCUUGAAUUUCCUAACGGAGUCGUCGUUAAUGACAAGGAAGAAAUUUUCAUCAGCGAUAAUCGAGCUCACUGUGUGAAGGUCUUCAACUACCAGGGUGUCUUUUUGAGACAGAUUGGAGGAGAGGGCAUUACCAAUUACCCAAUUGGAGUCGGCAUCAACAGUGCUGGGGAAAUCCUUGUCGCUGAUAACCACAACAACUUCAAUCUCACGAUUUUCACUCAAGAUGGCCAGCUUAUCAAUGCCUUAGAGAGCAAGGUAAAACACGCACAAUGUUUCGAUGUGUCCCUGAUGGAUGAUGGUUCUGUUGUGUUAGCAAGCAAGGACUAUCGUCUCUACAUUUACCGGUAUGCACAGAUACCCGGCAUUCCUAUGUAAUAAUCAAGCAGAGACCUGCUGAAUCUGGAACAAAGUGAACUCAGCGUCCAAGAGCAACUUACGGGGUAGUGUUGCUUUAGAAAUGACUGGAAUAAAAUUCCAUUUUUAUUUACUGUAUUACUCAAAUGUUCAUUUCUAGUCAACAUUUGAAAAUGAUGCCAAGUAUGGAUAAGGGAAAAAAAAAUAGGGGGCAAGAAAACCUUAGUAUUGUAAGCCUUGUAUGAGCAGUGUUACAGGCACAUGUCAUGUUUUUAAUCAUUUUGCAUGCCAUUACUGUUAAAUUUAUACAAAAAUCAGUAUUUUCAUCAAUUUUGUGCCUGUUCCAGCAGCUUUUAUGAGUGUGAGCCCCCUGAAACACCUCAAGACUCUGUACACAAAUUCGAAAGCCUUUUGUUCUUAAUAUGUGAUAGCCGUGUUUUUGUUGUGGCUCUUCUUCACAAUUUGUAAAUGAAAUGCCUGCUUUUGUAAGUUAUUAUUUAAUAGUUUGAAUUGUGUUAUGUUAUAUAUAUAUAAGUGUUAUUUAGUCGUUUAAUUUACUAGUUGUUCUUUUUCAUUUUUUCCAAGUUAUUAAUAUUUUUCUCGUUGUUGGUAUUUUUUGAGGAUAUUACACAGAGAUGGGUUAGAAAUUUCACUGUGUUUUAUUGAGUGUGCUUUUUUGCCGUAAGAUAGGAUAAUCUUUUUUUUUUUUUUUUUUUUUUGAGUGCUACCUCAAUGUUCAGAGAAUCAAAGAUCAAAAUAUACUGCAAUUUAAUGUCAACUCUCAAUAAAAUAUGCAAAAGGAGUCAAAAAUGAGGCUUCAUAUCCAUUGAUCAUUAUGUACUGCCUUAAAAAAAGCCAUCAAAACUUAAUAUUUUUAAUCAGAUGAUUUGAAAAAUAAAAUUUACAGAGAAAAAGAGAACAAAAGGUAGGGAAAUCCAGACUUUGAUAAGAAAGUGCAGGCACGUUGAGGAGUGAUUAGUAGUACGUUGCUAUAAAAUCGGGUGUAAGGUUCUCAAGUCACAAUGUAAUGGCUGCAAAUUUUUUUUUAUAGCAAAGCAUUGUAUAACUAAAAGAUUUUUUUUACUAUGUAUGUGCUCUGAAAGUGAAUUUUUUGUAGCUUUAAAUACAUGGUUUUUGUGCAAUGUUGAAAGGGGGUGGGGGUAGGAAGAUACAUAGCAUUUUGUAUUAUUGUAUUUUUAUACUAAAAGAUUUGUACUAUAAGUUUUUGGCUGUUUUUUGUAAUGUUAUUUUAAUGAGCUUUCCAAGGAAAACAUCAAUUUUUGUAUUUAAAAAAAAAGUAUGUAUAAAAAUAUUGCUAGAAUUUAUUUGGUUUUUGAACAAAAAUGGUCAUGGCUUGCUUUCCCUGUACCAGUGUUUUUGGGUUAUUUUAUAUUGUUAUCAAACUGAAAGUUUCAUAUCAGUCUUGUCAAAAAAAAAUUUCCAUAAAAAUAGUGUUAAAAAUAUCUUAAAAAAAAAAAAAAAAUUGUGAAAAAGUUGCUUCUUGGCUUGAACAUCCACUAGCAUGAAAGUGCCAUAGCAUUUGCAUUUUCCUCACGAUAAUUUGCCAUAUUGUUAGACUUUUUUUGUAUUCCCCCCAACAAAACUCUACAUUGCAAUUUUUUUUUUUGUUAGUGAACAAAGAUCAGCUUUUCAUUUUCAUUCAUAUCUACCCCAUCAUGUAGCAAAAGGAAUGUUAUAAAUUUUAUUGUUACAGCAUGGUGCUAACCGUUAGACUUGGUCAUUUCAUGCUCUUUCAUGCUAGUGGUUCUCAAUUUUUUUUUUUGAAGUAUUGUUGUACUUGAGUGUGUUCAUAAACAUUGAUUAUUUUUCUACAAAAUGCUGUUAAAAAAUUGUUGUUUUUGGGAGGUUGUGUUGAAAUCUACCACAGUGUCUUCCUUCCUGUGUAAAAGUUAAUUGUUAAGUCUACAUUCAUUGGCUUUGCCCAGGAAAGAAAGUAAUGUAAAAUUCAUUUUCAUUGGUUAAAUUUUUUGUCAGCUAGAUAGAUGGAUAAAACCAAAUUAUUACAUUUUUUGCAAGUUAUUCAUCCUUUCUCUGCUGUUCAGCAGAUUUAUUACGUAUGUAAACAUACAAUAAAGUUAAGCACUGUUUUUUUUUUUUUAAUAAGGCCAUGUUUUUUUUUUAAGUUGUUUUCUUUUGAGAGAAUGGCUGCAUUAUGUUUGCAAUUUGCCAAUGGUGCUGAAAGCAUCUUCUCCAUGCACACACUCUUUCUGUUUGUAAUUGACUUGAAACCAUUUUAUCACAACUGCAUGUUCUACAAACCAGCAGACACUUAGCACUGUUCUAGACUUCAGUGUUGGUGGGAGUUUAAAGCCAGGAACAUGUUCUUCUUCCCCUAAAAGAAUCGAGUCUUCGGCAAUCCGAUGACAACUGACUGUUUGACAACAUUCCUCCCCGUUUAUGCUCUACUACUGUUUUUGUCGUUGAUUUUAAAAAGAUACGACCAAUAAUUAUACGGUGUUCAUCUAUGCUCAUUUAUGAAUCGAGAUUUUUAUUGAACUUUGCCUCCAGUCACAUUUUUUGUUGAUAAUUUAUUUUGUAUUUGUUGACUUGUAUUUAGCUGCCGUUCUGAGGGCCCUUGUGUGUAUAGUCAUUGCGUGUGUGUCAAAUAUUAUGUUUACUAACUUGAAGUUGGGGGGAAAUAACUGUCGUGACAUUUCAUUGAAUGACAUUCAUGCAGUUUUUGUCCUCGGAGAAUAGUGUGGCCUCCUUUAUAUAUAAAUAUAUAUAAUAUAUGUCUAAUCCAAAUGUUAUGUGGUUUGAGAACAACUCUUCUAUUCCAGAAUAUUAAAAAUAAUGGUAUAAAUUUUUAAUAUGAUGAUUUAUUUAUUGUAAUUGAAUAUUGAAAUGGUGGAUUUUGGUGAUUUUUAAUGUAUGAAAUAGUUCUGGAAAGGAGGCAGUUCUCUGCCCACCACUGUUGUUGAGUGUCAGUGUUUUUGGCAAUCAAGCUGUUAUAACUCUGUGCCAUUAUAUAACCUUGGUUUGUUUUUGUUUGCCCCCUUAUUUAUAUUUCAGUUGAUCGGUCAUCUAUGUGGUCAAUACAAUCAUAAAUUAUUCUGUAGUUAGAUUUUUAUUAUGUUCUUUGAUGUGAAUCCUUAUUUAGUUUAUCUGUGAUUAUAGUUUUGCCAACUUCAGGAAUUUAGAUAAUUUUAUCAAAAUAUACCACAUUCUUUAAUUUAGAAGGUGGUAAAAUAGCUUGCAAUUUCUCCAGGGUAUUGCCAUUGGCAUUACAUUGAAAUGGCAAGGAAUUCAUGUAUUUUUCUCUCUUUAAGUCAUCUAAAUUACAAAACUGGCAUUAUUGUAUUCAAGUUAAUGUCUUCUAUGUUCUGUAUAUUGCAAGUGAGUACUCGUUUCUUAUUCCUUAGUUUAAAUUAUAUUGUUGUAUUUUCUUUCUUUAUUUGGAAAAGUCCCAGUUAAGCCACAAAGAUCAGCAGAUGAUAUUAAUUGGGUGAAAGUGCAUCCUUAAAGUGCAUGUGGACUCUCUUCUUUGUUUACAAGUAUUCGUGUUUUUUUUUUAUGUCGUACUAAUUGAGGCAUCUGUCUAGACUGGGGAACCAUACUGGUGCAAAGGAUGAUGUUCUUUGUAAAAUUUAAAUAGGUCCGAAGAGUUUGAUUUUUUUUUUAUGUUCAGAUUUGUUCUACACCCCUUUCCCAUCAAAGUUUUUCAGUUGAAAUGCGGAUUUGUUUCCUCCAGAUGUAAAACUCUACAAAAUAUGAGGCUAUUUUCCCUAUUUUGCAUUGAUAGCGCCAAAAUAUGAUUGGGUUCUGAAUAGUAGUAUAGUGUUGAUUCUUACUCUAUUUGUAAAUGUCUUUUAUUAAAAUAAGAUCUUUAAUAUAAAGUUGUAUUAUAUAAUAAUAUAGUUAGUUAAUAUGUUGUGCAGUUUAUAAGUUAUUCAUACAGACAUUUAUCGUGUUGUUGUUAAAUGCUUCAUUCCAGUCCUGUAUUAUUCUGGGAUAUUUUAUUUUAUUGGAUUAUUUAUGUUGUGUAAGAAUCCAGAAAAGCAAGUUUAACAAUGGUUAAUCAAACAGAACAUCACUCAAAAUUGACAGGGAGCUUUAAAAUCUAACUUCUGAAUGAGACCACCCUAUCAAAAAGCAUCAUCAACUUCACAGCAAACUUGAAUAGUGAAUCAGAGAUUACAUACAUGACAUAACACUACAAAUUUCUCUGUGAUUUGCUGCAUAUUUUACAUCAUUGCAUAUUUUACAAGUCAUAAGAAUCCCCAUCCUUCGAAUAUAUUGUUAUUGUUAGACUUGAAUUUUUUUUUUACAAAAAAAAAAAAGAAAAAAACAAUUUUAUAAAAAAAAAAAAAAGUGUUUGUUGGGACUGAAUGGAAUUUUUGCUUGCUUUCAUCAAAUUGAGAGGCAAAAACCUUUGAAUGCUCUCCAUAACAUGGCCAAAUAACAUACACCAUUAAUGACUGAAUGUGUAUGUUUGAAAGGAAAUUUUCCAAAGUUGUAGAAGUUUAAAUGAGAAUAUUCUAUAGAAGGGAUCUAUCAAGUUCAUUGGUUGAAAUUCAUAGGAUAUAUCAAUUGGAUAGGUGUGGAAUCUUGAUUUUGUUAUUUCUUUGGAGAAAUUUUGCCAAAGGGUGUUCAGCAUUAAUAUUUCAAAGUAGCAGAGAGCAAGAAAUUUUUUUUGCAAUGUUGAUUUUCUUUUUCGUUGAUAUGUUUUAUAAACAAAAGUCUGCCAGUUAAUCCCUUUUUUGUUGACCUUUUUAUACUUACAUUUACAGUUAGGUAGAAAUAUAUGCUUAUUGUCUUUAACUAAUUUACCACUUUAUGCAAUUUUCUAGACCCCUGUACAACAGUUCAGUGUUUGUAAAGGAAUGAUUAGUUAAAUUAAUUUUGAAAGGAAAUAUAUAUCAGAGUGGAAUGGCAUUUACCCAGGAAAUCUGGUCUGAAAUGGUGGUCUAACGUUAAGUUUAGUAACCAAGAUUUUUUUUUGUUAUUUAGCAUUUAGUGUGAAUGUUUUUCUUUGUUGUAAUCCUGUGUACAAAAGUUGAGUUUCUUUUAGAGUUUUGCUUUGCUGUUUUCAGUGUAGUUAUUUAGAUCAGUAGUUCUCACUCAUGGUGUGUUAAAAUGGUAAUGUUCUGAAAAGGAACCAUUUUAUUUUGUUGUGUGUCCGAUGACAUGUUGAAUUUGAAAUGAAAGUUUGCAGAUAGCUGUAAGCAUUAUCUGUUCAAAAGAUAUUCAGAACACCUGACAAAGUCACACUAGGACUAACAAGCCCUUUACCUCUAAAGCCAAAGACUAGACUACUGCAAAAAAGUAUUCUCCAAUUUGUACAAGUCAUUGCAUUGGAACAUAAGUCAGUGCGCAAUUCUUGCCGGUUUAAAAUACUCAUUCAGGGAAUAAGGACAGUUGGGUGCAAGAAACACAUGCAUUGGUCUUUAAUUAGUAUGAAUGAUUCAUUUUCUAAUUUUCUUGUAUCUAGAAGUCUAAAUGAUUGUCAUUUCAGUAUAUUAGUGAAUACGAGUUCAGGUGUCUUAAUCACGUCAAAUUUUUUAAGAAGUCUUCAGUGGUUGUUUCCGUCCACGUCUGAUUUGGAAGCAGUCAGGGUUUUACAAGUGUUUGGCUGUGUGACUUGGUCAGGUCUUGUUCACUAGUCUUUAUUUGGACCAGGAUUUUUUUGCUUUUCACACAUUCCAUUUCUUGAAGAAUUGAAGUCUUUUCCAUCUUAAAGUGAAUGGCUGAAAAAUUCGGUUCCCAUCAUCCCAGGUGACCAAUCAUAAAAAAAAGUUUGCCAAUCUGCGGAAAGGUCAACAUAGCAGGAUGAACCCAGAAGGUCACACACACCAGGUCUCUUUUGUGAUUGGUCACCAACCAUGUACAUUACUGUGAGGUGAUUAGUUUAGAAGUUUGUUGUUUUUUGAAUGGGUAUAUGGUUUUUUUUCACUGUCAUCCUGUUAGCGAUCUGAAUGCCCAGGCCUCCCAACUCAACCUGGCUGAAAAAGAAAUUGUUAAAGGACACCUUAUGCAUUGUUUUUAUACUAAUUUGUGUUAUUUUCUAUGUAAUUUUUGAUGCAAUAGUGCUUAGUCGUAGAACUAUAUACUUAGACGUUAACACUGAUGGUUAAAUUUUGAUCUCUUAUUUUGUAUGUCAGGUUUUCAUGUUAAUAUAUCAACGUACAAUGGAAAAUUUUUAACUGUAUUCACAGGUUUUUGUUAUGCGUGUAAACUGAAUGGAAUUCAAUAAAGUAUUUUGUUUGCUUCAA